CUAUGUGAAAUAGAACAUUGUCAGCUUUGGCGAAGAUAAUGACAUGAAAACGCAGGGACUGCUCACACAUGCAAAUCUCCUGGUGUGUUUUUAUGUUCUUUAGUGAGGAAAUAACAUUGUGAGAUUAAAAGAGAUUUAGUACAAGACCUUUAACCUGGGACAUAAAAGGCUAUUUUCAAUAUUUUGCCCUUAUGUCUGUAGCGUUAAAUAUAUUUGUUGUACAUUUGAGACCAAUAACUUAUAUUAGCAGGAAAGGGACGCUAAAUACAAAUUGUGAGAGUAUAUAAUGUAUUCGGUGUGUUUUAUUUAUGUAACCAGCUUCAGGCGGAACUAAUAAGGGCAAUGGAGGACACUUUUUACGUUGCACAGAUUUUAGUGUCACUUAAAAAUGUUCCCUGAAAACAGAUGGCAAACCCACUGCUGGAUGCGACGACGAACAGGCAGCAGCUCAAGGCACAAACUCUGUCUUAUUUUAACUAUUAUUGAUACGUCUGAUGGAUAAUGAGGCCGAUACGUUUUAUCGGGAGCUUCCCAAAGUGGAGCUUCACGCGCACCUGAACGGCUCUGUCAGUUUCCAAACGAUCGAGAAACUGAUCCGCCGCAAACCGCAGCUCAACAUAGAGCACAGCAUGACCGCAAUCGGCAAAGGCCAGCGCAGAACCCUGGACGAGUGUUUUCAAGUGUUUAAGGUCAUCCAUCAGUUAGUAGACUCAGAAGAAGACAUCUUUAUGGUUGCCACAGAUGUUAUUAAAGAGUUUGCAGCUGAUGGGGUCAAGUAUUUAGAACUUAGAAGUACACCCAGAGAGGAGACAGCUACAGGAUUGACGAAAAGAAGAUACAUUGAAACGGUUAUAAAGGCCAUCCAACAGUGUAAAAAGGAAAGAGUGGAUAUUGAUGUAAGGUUUUUGGUGGCCAUUGACCGAAGGAAUGGGAGUCAAGUUGCCAUGGAGACAGUGCAGCUGGCUGAAGAGUUCUUCCUCUCCUCCGAUGGUUUGGUCAUUGGUAUCGAUCUCAGUGGUGAUCCAACGGUGGGCCAUGGGAGAGACCUUCUUUCUGCACUACAAAGGGCCAAAAACAGUGGGCUCAAACUAUCACUGCACCUCUCUGAAGUGCCAUCACAGCAUGAUGAAACAGAUCUGCUGCUGGAUAUUCCUCCAGACAGGAUUGGUCAUGGCACUUUCUUGCAUCCUGAAAUGGGUGGAUCUCAAGGCCUUGUUGACAAAGUAGUGCAGAAAAACAUACCACUUGGUAGGACUUACUUUAACAUCUCCUCUCUUCCAUUGGAUAAUGGUCAAUUAUUUCUCUGGAUCUUUUUUUCAGAACUGUGCCUGACCUCAAAUGUUAAGGGACAAACUGUACAGUGUUAUGCUGAGCAUCACUUCAAAUACUGGUACCACAUGGGACACCCCAUUGUGAUUUGUACGGAUGACAAGGGGGUUUUCGCCACGGAUUUGUCUCAGGAAUACAAAAUGGUAGCUACCACCUUUGGCCUCAGUCGUGAAGCUGUUUGGAAGCUUUCGCAACAAGCCAUUGAUUACAUCUUUGCACCUGUUUCUGUCAAAGAGCAGCUAAAGCAGAAGUGGAGAAAUCUACAGCCUCAAGAGUUUAAAUGA